GAAACAACAACGAAUUGAGGUGGAAGCAAACAAGUAAAACAAAAUUGUAAAUUUACGAAAUGUGAGAUAACAACAAACGGAGAAAAAAAAUAAUAACAACAAAAAUUAGUUUACUAGUUUAGUUUAGUUUGUAAUUUUAACGAAGCCCUAACGGAUCGGCAGCGGGUCGCAGCAAAAUUCAAGUGGAAUUCAAAAUUCAGCAACAAAAACAAAAAUUAAACGCAUUGCGGACUUCGUCGUCUCGUUUGUUUGAGUGUAUGGAAUUUCGCUUUUUAUUUUAAUAUUUUUAUUUGGUGGGGUUGUUUGUGAUUGGACUCUUCUUUUGGGCCCCCAAAUGUAUCCGUGACGGAACUCAUCAUAGUGCAGAGAGUAUGUGUGUAUGAAGAAGAUUGUGGAGAGGCCGGGUUGCAGAUAAAAUUAUGAGGGCAUAAUAAUUUGGUAUAUUUAUUUUUAGUUUAAAAAGAGAUGUGAAAUUGUUAUUUUUUCAAUAUUAAUCAGAUAAGGUGUGCUACUGUUGUUGUUUUCCGAUUCUUAUGAAAACUUGAAAUUUGUUGUUUUUCAAUUUGAAAAUUGCUAAAAAAGUUUAAAUUUUGUAUGCAUUAAUAUAUUUCGGCCGUGUUGUUGUUUUUUUUUUUUUUUUUUGCACUCUCUGUGACCAUUGGCAACGUGAAAUGCCGCCCGGGCAAAGGCAAUCCAGCAACCAACCAAGCGUGACAUCAAUAAAAAUUACACUUUAAUUGCAAAGUAUUUAGCAUUCUUUGUGUGUUGUGUUUGUUUGUGUCGUCUCUACAGAGAAAAGUGAAUUUAAAUAAAAAAGAAAAUUAAGUAAUCAAGGUCAAUAAAACAAAACAAAAAAAAAAACGACAUAUUAUUUCUGCCCCACAAAAAUAUCUCACAUAUCCCCUCUCUUUGAAUCCUUGACUCAUCGUAAGUGUCGUUGACGCCACAAGUCACCCCAGCACCACCACAACCAUGCGCCGCCAUUCUCAACGACCCACACUAAGGAAUCUUAACCCGGUAUUCCAUAAACGUGAAAAAUCUGAAGACAAUACCGCCGUUUCCGACAAGCUAUUGAAAUUAGCUUGGAAAACGGGGGCAUUGAAUCUAUCCGGCAGGGGCCUGGCCACUGUACCUGAUAUAGUCUAUGACAUCAAUGCUAGCGACAAAAAUGCUGAGGUCACCUUGGAGUCGCUGGUGGCCAAGGAGGAGGAUGCCUGGUGGAAUCAAUUACCUUUGAAUAAUCUAGAUUUAAGUUCAAAUCAACUAAUACAGCUUUCGCCAAAAAUUGAAAAUUUAUGUUCGUUAACCACAUUGACGCUUCACGACAACGCCUUAACCUCCAUACCCAAAGAAAUUGGAAAAUUAGAGAAAUUGUUACGCAUCAACCUGAGUCGAAAUCGCCUGAAGGAGCUACCGCGUGAAUUUUUCACUCUACCUGACUUACGUUACCUGAAUUUGUCGCACAAUCAAUUCGAAGAACUCAAUCCGGAUAUCAGCGAUUUGCAUAUGUUGGAAUUUUUGGAUGUCUCAAAUAAUGAACUUAACGCUUUACCUGGUGGUAUUGGUUUUUUGGUGCGUCUCAACACGCUUUUACUAGCCUAUAAUCAUAUUAAAGAAUUACCGCCAGAUUUGGUCAAUAUGCGUUCUUUGCAAAAAUUGGAUUUAAUGCAUAACGAUUUGAUUGCACUGUCCGAAGAUAUGGGCAGUCUGAGGAAGCUGCAAUGUUUAUAUGCCCAGCACAAUGAUAUCAAAGAGUUACCAGAUUUUGAUGGCUGUGACCUACAAGAGCUACAUGUGUCAAAUAAUUUCAUAGAGAAAAUACCAAAGAAGCUCUGUUCCCAUUUGCCACAUUUGAAAAUUGUCGAUUUGCGAGACAAUAAAAUCACCGAAAUACCCAAUGAAAUUUCUUUGCUUCAAAAUCUAACACGCCUGGACAUCUCGAAUAAUUCCGUAUCAAAUUUACCCUACUCAUUGGCUUCCUUGGCUCAUCUCGUCAGUCUGCAGGUGGAGGGCAAUCCGAUUAAAUCCAUACGUCGUGACAUAUUGCAGUGUGGAACGGUGCGUAUUUUAAAAACUCUGCGUGAUCGUCAGGCGGGUAUAGAAGCGGCAGCGAAAACCUCAAAUUCAUCAUCUUCGCUGACUGGCAGUAUGGGGGCUGACGGUUUGAAUAGUCCCCGAAGAGGCCUAAGUUUCGAAGAAGAAAAUUCCAUAUUUCCCAAUAGAUACAAACUCCAUAAAACUCGCUGCCUUACAGUGACCAUGCAACAGCUGACUGAGGUGCCACGCGAAGUAUUUGAAACCGCCUGCAAUGAGCAUGUCAACAUUGUUGAUUUAUCCAAAAAUCGUUUCACCACCCUGCCAGAGGGUUUAUUGGAAAUGAAAGAUUGUUGUUCGGAGUUGGUGUUUGCUAAUAACCUAAUCAAUCAUGUGCCCUCUUUUAUCUCGCAAUUUACCCGCUUAUCAUUGGUUAAUUUAUCCUGUAAUAGUCUACAAGAUUUACCUGAAGAGUUUGGAGUUUUGGUCACCCUGAGAGAGCUGAAUAUAUCCAAUAAUAGAUUCGAAACCCUACCCAAAUGUAUUUAUGAUUUAAAAGGCUUGGAAAUUCUGCUGGCAUGUGAUAAUCGCAUUAAAUCCAUUGAUGCCACCAGCGAUGGAUUGGGGGCCCUCAAACGUCUGGCCAUUUUAGAUCUGCGUAACAAUGAUAUCGAUCAUGUUCCACCAAUACUGGGAAAUUUAAAGAAUAUCACGACCCUGGAAAUUAUCGGAAAUCCAUUUAAAUUACCACGUCAUCAAACAUUGGAAAGGGGAACCGAGGCCAUAAUGUCCUAUUUGCGUGAUCGCAUACCAGUUUAAUGAGACCAAAAAAUAUACACAAAUAAUGACCUAAGCGCAGCAAAAUUCAGCCACACAAAAAGACAACCAGGCAGCACAACUAGGCUAAAUGAGUGGGAGAAAGAGAGAGAUUGGGGACAAGAGAUCAGCUUACCUUAGAAUUUAUUUAAAACAUUUAUUUAGAGUAGCAUAUAUUUCUACACAACCGAAUUUGUGAAUGUGUUUUGUUUAAAAAAAACAAUGAAAAAAAAAAACAGAAUUUAUUUGCCAAAAAACUAGUCAUCAUUACCAAUAAAACAGUUGUUAAAAAUGUGAGGUUAUGGCGAAGAAAAAUAUAGUUUUUUUUUUUUUUAAUUUACCAAAUGAUAUAAAAAGUAUACAGAUUGUCCACAUUAUACUUUAAAAAAAAAUUUGAAGAAAAAUUUUCCUUUUGUUAUAACUAAAACAAGCUUUUGAUAUGCUCACAUCAAUAAAUUGAAAAAUAUUUAUGUAUUUAAGUUUUAGACUAAACAAGGCAAA